AUGACGGAGCUUGCGCAUUCUCCGAUCUUCACUUACGCAUCUAUGAUCAUUCUCUUCACUCUCUGCCCACCAUUCGUCAUUCUCCUAUGGUACACAUUGGCUCAUCAGGAUGGUUCUGUUACUCAGACGUAUGGCUUCUUGUUGGAGAACGGAGUUCAAGGGCUUAUCGACUUAUGGCCGAGACCAACUGCGAUCGCUUGGAGAAUCAUAUUUUGCUACGCAGCGUUUGAAGCUACUCUUCAGCUGCUUCUGCCUGGUAAAAGAGUCGAGGGUCCGAUUUCUCCAACUGGAAACCGACCAGUUUACAAGGCCAAUGGUAUGGCUGCCUAUUUUGUGACACUUGCCACCUAUAUUGGUCUUUGGUGGUUUGGGAUAUUCAACCCUGCGGUUGUCUAUGAUCACUUGGGUGAAAUAUUCUCCGCACUAGUAUUUGGCAGCCUUGUCUUUUGUGUUUUGUUAUACGUUAAAGGUCACGUUGCACCUUCAUCAAGUGAUUCUGGUUCAUGUGGUAACCUGCUUAUUGACUUCUAUUGGGGGAUGGAGUUGUACCCUCGAAUUGGUAAGAACUUUGACAUCAAGGUUUUUACCAAUUGCAGAUUUGGUAUGAUGUCUUGGGCAGUUCUUGCAGUCACCUACUGCAUAAAACAGUAUGAAACAAAUGGGAAAGUAUCCGAUUCAAUGCUGGUGAACACAAUACUGAUGCUGGUGUAUAUCACAAAGUUUUUCUGGUGGGAAGCUGGUUACUGGAACACCAUGGACAUCGCACAUGACCGAGCUGGCUUCUAUAUCUGCUGGGGCUGUAUGGUGUGGGUGCCUUGCGUUUACACCUCUCCAGGCAUGUACCUUGUGAACCACCCCGUCGAACUUGGAACUCAGUUGGCAAUAUCCAUUUUAGUGGCGGGAAUUCUUUGCAUUUACAUAAAUUAUGACUGCGAUAGGCAAAGGCAAGAGUUCAGGAGGACAAACGGUAAAUGCUCGGUUUGGGGCAAAGCCCCGUCAAAGAUUGUGGCGACAUAUACGACCACAGCUGGUGAAACUAAAACCAGUCUUCUCUUAACCUCUGGAUGGUGGGGAAUGGCUCGUCAUUUCCAUUAUGUUCCUGAGAUCUUAGGCUCUUUCUUCUGGUCCGUACCGGCUCUCUUCAGUAACUUCUUGCCAUACUUCUACGUCUUGCAUCUCACAAUCAUGCUCGUUGAUCGCGCCAUGAGAGACGAUGACCGAUGUCGAUCAAAGUAUGGGAAAUACUGGAAGCUGUAUUGCGAGAAAGUGCGAUACAGAAUUAUUCCAGGCAUUUAUUGA